AUGUUAAUACCAAGAAUAUUGAAUAGGGCCACAAACACAUUUCUACAAAGUGGAUUGGCCGCGAAGAAGACACCAUUUGUACCACUCUACAAGAAAUUCUACACCACAAAGGCUGAGGAAACUGAUGCGGAGACAGCAACAAUAACAAUUGGUGAUGUAACCAAGAACAUUAAACCACCCAAGAAUCCAGAAUUGGUGCCUCAAAAAUAUAUCCAAUAUGCCGAAGAUGGUACCAUGGAACUUACCCAGUCAGCUUUACAUCAUUUACGUUGGAUGCUGCAAAAAGAUACACUGAAACAAGAUAUGUUUCUUUUGGGUCAACCAGGUGCCCUGAGGCGACAAUUGGCCAUGCAGUUUUUGGAAUUGACCCAACGUGAAUUGGAAUAUAUUGCAUUGAGUCGUGACACCACAGAAAGUGAUUUGAAACAGAGAAGAGAAAUCAAGAAUAAGGCUGCCAUUUAUUAUGAUCAGUGUGCUGUGCGUGCUGCCAUCAAUGGCCGUGUCUUAAUUUUGGACGGUGUGGAACAUGCCGAACGUAAUGUAUUGCCAAUUUUGAAUAAUUUGCUGGAAAAUCGUGAAAUGCAUUUGGAAAAUGGUAAAUUUUUAAUGGCUCCCGAACGUUAUGACAAGCUUUUGGAGACCUACUCCAAAGAGGAAUUGGAUUCAUGGGGCUUAUUGAGAGUCUCGGAAGAUUUCCGUGUCGUUGCCUUGGGUUGCCCCACACAAAAAUAUAAGGGCACUCCUUUGGAUCCCCCUCUAAGAUCACGUUUCCAGUCUCGUAAUGUUUCACAUUUUUCAUUUGAGGAAAUGCUUAUCGACUUGAGAUCCAAGGCUCCCAAUGUACCUGUGGAAAAUCUAAAAUCCCUGCUAUCAUUUGGUUUGGCCAUACAAUCAGCUGAUUCUGCUGCUAAUCUACCCGAUUUCCCAUUGGACAAUGUACAUUUGGUGGCUAAAAUGAUGAAUUCCAAUCCAAAUUUGACCACAUAUGAUUCUCUCAACCGUCUCUACCCCUAUCGUUCCGCAUUGAAAAAAGAACAACAAGAUCGUAUUAAAAAUUUGCUGAAAUCAUUUAAAAUCGAUACAAUGGCAACCAAGGCUGUUGGUGAAAUUACCAACAAAAAGUUGGAGAAUUCUCAAAAUAUGGUUGAAUUCCAUAUUGAUGGUGUUAAGGUGAACGUUCCCGGUGGUAGCCAUGUUACGUUGACACAAAAACAAAAAGAUUUUGUUGAUUUAGAACAUCAACGUAAUAUUUUGGCACAAAUGAUACAGGCCAUUGCUGUGAGUGAUAUUUGUCUAUUGGGUCCAAAAGGUGUUGGUAAAAAUACCUUGGCUCAACAUUUAAUGCAUCGUUUGCAACAAUCUUUGGAGCCAAUGGUUUUGUAUGAGGAUAUGACUUCGCGGGAUUUGAUCCAGCAACGUAUUACCACACAGGAAGGUGACACGGUGUGGAGAGAUUCACCACUUGUAAGGGCUGCUAAAAUGGGUUCUGUUGCACUCUUGAAUGGUAUCAAUCGUGUCCACAAGAGUACCAUGACAGUGUUGCAACGUCUCAUACAUGAUCGGGAAUUGCAAUUGUGUGAUGGUACCACACUUUUGGGUGGAGAACGUUAUGAAUCGCUGCUGCAACAAGGUUUUACAAAAUUGCAAUUGGCCGAGAAGGGUAUUCUAAAAAUUCACGACAGUUUUAGAAUUAUUGCCCUGGCUGAACCACCAAAUCCAAAUUCUCCCUCCCAAAAUUGGUUGACACCCGAAAUGAUGAGUUUGUUUUUGUUCUUGGAAGUACGUCCCUUGCAACAAUCCGAGGAAUUUACAAUUAUGAAGAAAUUAUAUGGCAACAUUGAUGAUAGCAUCCAUAAGGUCAUUGAUUUAUCUCACACCCUAAGAGAUUCCACAGAUGCUACUUUGCAAAACUUGGCCGGAACAUUGUCCACUAGACAAUUAUUGAAAAUUGCCCGACGCAUGUCUUCCUACCCCACGGAUGUUCAUGAAAUUAUACAAAAUACUUUCCUUACCAAAUUUAUGCCUGCCCUACCAAGAGCUGCAUUGGAGAAUGCCAUGAGACAGGUGGGCAUUGAACCAGAUACCUCAAGUCAUGGUGGCAAACGUAAGAUAACCGUGGAGAAUGGUGUCCUUCGGAUUGGUGCAACUGAAAUGAAAUUGGAGCAGGCCACCGAGGAAUCCAAGGUGCCUAGUACAUUGUUCUAUGAAAUGCCUCAGCAUGUGGCCUUAUUGGAACGUCUUCUCCAAGAUUUCUUAAUUGGUGAUCAUUUGCUGUUGGUGGGAAAUCAAGGUGUGGGCAAGAAUAAGUUGAUUGACAAACUUCUGCAGUUGAUGAACAAGUCACGUGAAUAUUUGCAGUUGCAUCGCGAUACCACGGUCCAUAGUUUAACGGUACAGUCCACAUUGCGUGAUGGUCAAGUAGUUUAUGAAGACAGUCCUUUGGUAAAGGCAGUGAAAUCCGGUCACAUCUUGGUCAUCGAUGAGGCUGACAAGGCUCCCGUAAAUGUCACCUGUAUUUUGCGCACACUCGUUGAAAGUGGUGAAAUGAUGUUGUCCGAUGGCCGUAAAAUUGUUGCUCCCGGUGAUAAGGCAGCUGCUUUGGAAGAGAAUCCAGCCCAGGAAAUAAUUGAAACCCAUCCCAACUUCCGUUGCAUUGUUUUGGCCAAUCGUCCCGGUUUCCCAUUCUUGGGUAAUGAUUUCUUUGCCUCAUUGGGUGAUGUUUUCAGUUGUCAUGCUGUUGAUAAUCCCACACCCGAUUCGGAAAUCUUUUUAUUGGCCCAAUAUGGUCCCUCUGUGCCAAAGAAGACCUUGGCCACAUUGGUUAAUGCUUUUGGUGAAUUGCGACAAAUGGCCGAUGAAGGUUUACUGAACUACCCCUACUCCACUCGAGAGGUUGUGAAUAUUGUCAAACAUUUAGAAAAGUAUCCCGAUGAAAAUAUGUCCGAAUUGGUGGGUAAUGUUUUGGAUUUUGAUAAAUACCAACCCGAAGCCUUGGAACAGGUUACCACUGUUUUGGCCAAGCAUGGUUUACCCAUUGAGGCCUAUGCCCGCAAUGAGUUGUAUGCUCUUCGUAAGAAGAAGGAAAUGCAACUGACAGUGAAUCGGAAAAGUGGUUUAGGUGUUUCGGGGCCCAAAUAUGGCAAAGUUGAUCCCAAAAAUGAUCCCCAUGUAGGUGGUAAUACCUGGGCUGGUGGUAGUGGUGGUCGUGACACCGCCGGUCUUGGUGGUAAAGGUGGUCCCUUUCGUUUAGAUUCGGGUCAUAAGGUUCAUCAACUUUCCGAUGAAGAGAAAGAUGACAUCCCCGAAGAAGUUAAGAAGGCUGCCCGUGAAAUGAAUCGUAAAUUUUACGAAGAAAAGCUAAAGGAAAUUCGCAUGUCGGCUCAUGAUCAUCAAUUGUAUGCCCAAUUUAGUGAUCCCAUACGCAAGCAGGUACAACAGCUUAAGGCCAUAUUGGAUGCUAUGCAAACCAAGAGUAAGGAGAGGCAAUGGCAAAAAUAUCAAACCCAUGGCGAGUUGGAUGAUACCCGUCUUAUUGAAGGUAUCACUGGGGAGAAGAAUAUCUAUAGACGUCGUGCUGAAGCCAAUCCCUGGGCUGAUCACGUCCAAGAGAAACCAAAUCGUUUGAAAUUGGUUGUAGAUGUGUCCGGAUCCAUGUAUCGUUUCAAUGGUUACGAUGGUCGUUUGGAUCGUGAACUGGAAGCUGUUGUUAUGGUUAUGGAGGCGUUGGAAGGUUUCGAAAAGAAGGUGGUCUAUGACAUUGUGGGUCAUAGUGGAGAGGGCUAUGAAAUUCCAUUUGUUACCAAGAAUAGUCCACCACGCACAGAUAAGGAACGUUUCGAAACGAUUCGAAUGAUGCAUGCUCAUUCACAAUUCUGCUGGUCAGGUGAUAGUACUGUGAAGGCUGCCAAAGAGGCUGUGAACACAUUGGCUGAAGAGGAUUAUGAUAAUUCGAUUGUGGUAGUGUUGAGUGAUGCUAAUUUGUCACGUUACGGUAUCCAGCCAAAGGAUUUCGCCAAGGCCCUCAUGAAUGGCGAACCUAAGGUUAAGGGUCAUGUGAUAUUUAUUGGCAGUUUGGCUGAGGAGGCUGAUAUCAUUAAUUCCCAAAUGCCAGCCGGCCAUAGCUACGUCUGCAUGGACGUAUCAACAUUACCGCAAAUUUUGAAACAAAUUUUCACAUCAUCUUUAUUGUGAUAGAUUG